AUGCACCUGAAGUUCCCAAUCCUACGCUAUUUGGUCCACGACCUAAUCAUCAUGAUCAACUUCCUCCUCACCCUGGUCCUCCUGACCACAGUCAUGGCCAUCAACAUCGGCCACCUCCUGACCAUCCCCCGCAUCAGCCAUACCCCCCGCGCCGUGGACAACACCACCGAUGUCAACAACGCCAACAUCGACAAAUUCCUCUUCCACCCCCGCCCCGUCCAAUGCGGCGAAGCCAACCUCCUCCUGGUCGGCAUCCCCCCUUACCACCCCAUCGUCAAAGCCGGCGGAUUCGACCCCAAAAUGAUCGAAGCCAUCCUCGCAAACGACACCAAUCUCCUCGUCAACUCCGGCUACAACAUCCGUAUGGUCCUCUUUGGUCCCGAGCAGCCCCUUUCCGUGCUGGAGGCGCAAUUCGCGGAUAUUGACUGCUGGGAUGGCACCGGAGUUGGCUUCGGGGAGCGCGGGACUACGGAUGUGGGUCUGACAGAGAGGUUCGAGGAUACCAUUCACUACUUCCGCAAGAGAGCUCCCAACGGGCCGAUCAUGUUUAAUUCUUCGCCUACGACGUUUUUGCCGACGCUCAAGAGACACUUCCCUAUUGCGGGGGGAGCGGAUUGUGCCAAGGAGGGGAAGCCGGGGAAGCUUUUGGUGAGUUGGACGGGAGUUGAUGAUGAUUUGUGA